UUGCGGAAGCCUGUCAUUUAAAGAGAGAGAAGAAUGUCUGCUUUUGUUGGAGUGCUCCUGGUGUUAGCAACAGCAUCACAAGGAACUGCCACUAAAUGUGAAGUUAAUCAUACUGUCCAGUGUUAUGGAGCUCUGGGAGAAUCUGUCUUCCUGCGCCUGCCUCAAAACACCAGUAUUAAAGAAAUGACACUGAAAAAAGGAAACUUUCGUGUUCUGAAGCUUAAAAAUGGCAACAUCACUGAUUCUAUAUAUAUCAACCGUUCAAAACUUUUCACCAACAGCACAUUCAGGUUGGACAGAGUUGUGAAGAAUGAUUCUGGAGAAUACAACCUUGAACUUUAUGCUUCAAAUGGAAACUGUUUGCCCAGCUUCAACAUAAACCUUACAGUUCAAGCGACCGUGUCCAAGCCGACUCUGUCCCAGUUCUGUCUGCCCCAUGGCGAGGUGAGGGUAUCCUGCUCUAUGGAUGGGGACGCUUCCGAGUACAGCUGGACCCUGGAGCACAAACCACUGGAUGGAAGCCUCGCUUACCUGAGCCAUGAGAAGGACACUGUCAUACUGAAGAGGAAUGUGACUGGAGCUCUGACGUGCACUGCCAGGAAUCGCGUCUGCGACAGCGCAACCACAGUUCAGCUGUCUGCCUGCCCGGCUCCUGUGACCUGCAGACUUCGCAAUGGGACAGAGGUCUUGGUGAAUGCAAACAGUACUGAUGACGCCAAGUCUCUGUUGAGAAAAAAGGAGAUCUGCAUCACUAUUGAUGGGAGAGAGAUUUUAUCUGUGGUUUGUGAUCACAACUCCCUCAUUCCUGUCGAAACGCAGCAGAUCUGUGUGAACAUUACAUUACUGCUUGCGGUCCUUGGAGCUGUGUUUGCAACCCUUGUACUAUCAGUAGCCAUAUACUGCUGGAGCAAACAGAACAACAAAUCGGCAACUACAGAUAACAGUGAUGACCACGAACUGGUGUAUGCUGAAGUCAUGUGCCACAAGAAGGUGAAGAGGGAGAGGACGUCAGAGGUGGUUUAUGGACAAGUUAAAGUAACACAGAGUCCUCACCGCACUGAAGGGAGAACCGAAGGCCAGGAAGAAGAAUUGUAUGCCAAAGUUCGCAAGUAGGACUGGCCAAUCACAGAUCAUCCACUUAGUCGUGCACAGUCAUGCAGAUUACAAGGCAGAUGUCGAAUGGGGCAGGAUGGGUCAUUCGCAAAGCAGGUAACAUAUGAAGAAUAUGCCAAUCA